GUCGGAAGAGUAUAUAGUGAGCAUACCUCGAAGAAAGAUCAAGGUAUCCCGGAUCGUCGGCCACCUUCCUGCAUCAUCAACCCCCCUUCCACCACCCGGACUCUUCCAUUCUCGAAAGUCAAAAAUGAGGGCUUCAUUCCUGGUAUUGACCUUGGCCGGUCUGGCUGUUGCCGCGCCAGUGCCUGAGGCUGCAGACUACAUCUAUCCCAUCCCCCCUUCGGUGGCUCCUGAGAAGAGGGAGAAGGCUGCGGACUAUAUCUACCCCAUCCCUCCUUCAGUCGCUCCUGAGAAGCGAGAGAAGGCUGCGGACUACCUUUACCCUAUCCCAGCUUCAGCAGCGCCCGAGAAGAGGGAGAAGGCUGCAGACUACAUCUACCCCAUUCCCCCUUCAGCAGCGCCCGAGAAGAGGGAGAAGGCUGCAGACUACAUCUACCCCAUUCCCCCCUCGGUUGCUCCUGAGAAGCGAGAGAAGGCCGCGGAUUACAUCUACCCUAUUCCAGCCUCAGCAGCACCUGAGAAGCGUGAGAAGGCCGCGGAUUACAUUUACCCAAUUCCUCCAUCAGUCGCUCCCGAGAAGCGCGAGAAGGCCGCUGAUUACAUCUACCCUAUUCCUCCUUCCGUAGCGCCUGAAAAGAGGGAGAAGGCUGCCGAUUAUAUCUACCCCAUUCCCCCCUCUGUCGCCCCGGAGAAGAAGUGAAAGCUGGAAAGUUCACUGUCGCUACAUACCUGAAGUAUGAGAGCCGGCUGGCCUGUUUAUCCUGAAAAUUGAAUAUAGGAAACUC